CCGGGCUAAGACGUGGCCGGGCCAGCUCCACUCGGCAGCCCAGAGGGUCGGGGAGGCGGCGGGGUCCCUAGCGCGUCCUGGUCCUGGUCAGGGGCUUUUAGCACCGGGAGAAGCAGGCGCCGGCGGCUGCACCUCCAUGUCCCCGCGCGGGGUGGGACGCUGAUGGAGCGCGCCACCCGCCCGGGGCCGCUCGUGCGGGCGCUGCUGCUGCUGCAGCUGCUGCUGGGGCUCGCGGCUGGCACGGUGGCCGCAGGGCGCGCCCCCGACCUCCCCGCGCCGAAGGUGGAGGCGGCGUUCGGCCUGGGCGCCGCGGCCGCUCCCACUUCAGCAGCGCGGGUGCCGGCUGCGGGGGCCGUGGCUGCGGCCGAGGUGACGGUGGAGGACGCCGAAGCAGUGCCGGCGGCCGCGGUCGAGCAGGAGCCGCGGGAGCCGGAGCCCGACGACGAGGCCGAGCUACAGCCGCGAGGCAGAUCAUUAGUGAUCAUCAGCACUUUAGAUGGGCGAAUUGCUGCCUUGGAUCCUGAGAAUCGUGGUAAAAAACAGUGGGAUUUGGACGUGGGAUCCGGCUCCUUGGUUUCAUCCAGCCUCAGCAAACCAGAGGUAUUUGGGAAUAAGAUGAUCAUUCCUUCCCUGGAUGGAGACCUCUUUCAGUGGGACCGGGACCGUGAGAGCAUGGAAACUGUUCCUUUUACAGUUGAAUCACUUCUUGAAUCUUCUUAUAAAUUUGGAGACGAUGUUGUUUUGGUUGGAGGAAAGUCUCUCACUACAUACGGACUCAGUGCAUAUAGUGGAAAGGUGAGGUAUAUCUGCUCAGCUCUGGGUUGUCGCCAGUGGGAUAAUGAUGAAAUGGAACAAGAAGACAUCCUGCUUCUGCAGCGCUCCCAGAAAACCGUUAGAGCUGUUGGACCUCGCAGUGGCAAUGAGAAGUGGAAUUUCAGUGUUGGCCACUUUGAACUUCGGUAUAUUCCAGACAUGGAAACUAGAGCCGGAUUUAUUGAAAGCACCUUAAAGCCCAGUGGGAACAAAGAAGGGUCUAAAAUUAUUUCAGAUGUGGAAGAACAGGAAGCUGCCAUGAUGGACACAGUGAUAAAGGUGUCGGUUGCAGACUGGAAGGUUAUGGCGUUUAAUAAGAAGGGAGGACAUCUGGAAUGGGAAUACCAGUUUUGUACUCCCAUUGCAUCUGCCUGGUUGGUUAAGGACGGAAAAGUCAUUCCCAUCAGUCUUUUUGAUGAUACAAGUUAUGCAUCUAAUGAUGAAGUUUUAGAAGAUGAAGAAGACAUUGUAGAAGCUGCUCGAGGAGCCACAGAAAACAGCGUUUACUUGGGAAUGUACAGAGGUCAGCUGUAUCUGCAGUCAUCAGUCAGAAUUUCAGAAAAGUUUCCUACAAGUCCCAAGGCCUUGGAAUCUGUCAAUAAUGAAUAUGCAAUUGUUCCUUUGCCAACAAUCAAAUGGAAGCCCUUAAUUCAUUCCCCAUCCAGAACUCCUGUCUUGGUAGGGUCUGAUGAAUUCGACAAAUGUCUUAGCAACGAUAAGUUUUCUCACGAAGAGUACAGCAACGGUGCGCUUUCAAUCUUGCAAUACCCAUAUGAUAAUGGUUAUUACCUACCAUACUACAAGAGGGAGAGGAGCAAACGGAGCACACAGAUCACAGUCCGAUUUCUCGAUAACCCAAAUUACAACAAGAACAUUCGCAAAAAGGAUCCCGUUCUCCUCUUACACUGGUGGAAAGAAAUAGUCGGAACUAUUCUAUUUUGUAUCAUAGCAACAACUUUUAUCGUGCGUAGGCUUUUCCAUCCUCAUCCUCACAGACAAAGGAAGGAAUCGGAAACUCAGUGUCAGACUGAAAGUAAAUACGAUUCUGUAAGUGGAGACGCCAAGGACAGUAGCUGGAAUGACAUAAAAAAUUCUGGAUAUAUAUCGCGAUAUCUAACAGAUUUUGAGCCGGUUCAGUGCCUGGGACGCGGUGGGUUUGGAGUUGUCUUUGAAGCCAGAAAUAAAGUUGAUGACUGCAAUUAUGCUAUCAAGAGAAUCCGUCUCCCCAACAGGGAAUUGGCUCGGGAAAAGGUAAUGCGAGAAGUUAAAGCCUUAGCCAAGCUUGACCAUCCAGGAAUUGUGAGAUAUUUCAAUGCUUGGUUGGAGGCACCACCAGAGAAGUGGCAAGAAAAAAUGGAUGAAAUCUGGCUGAAAGAUGAAAGCACAGACUGGCCACUCAGCUCUCCUAGUCCAGUGGAUGGACCAUCCGUUAAAAUAUGCAGAAUGGACCCUUUCUCUACAAAGGAACAUAUUGAGAUCAUAGCUCCUUCUUCACAAAGGAGGUCUUUUUCAGUAGGGAUUUCCUGUGGCCAGACAAGUUCAUCUGAGAGCCAGUUCUCUCCACUGGAAUUAUCAGGAACGAACCACGGAGAUACCAGUGAAUCAGUGGAUGCAGCCUACAACCUCCAGGACAGUUGCCUUACAGAGUGUGAUAUGGAAGACGGUACCAUGGACGGCAAUGAGGAGGGGCACUCCUUUGAACUUUGUCCUUCUGAAGCUUCUCUUUAUGGAAGGUCAAGGGAGCGAACAUCCUCUUCUAUAGUGUUUGAAGACUCUGGCUGCGAUAAUGCAUCCAGGAAAGAAGAGCACAAAACUGACCGCCUGCAUAUUGGCAACCAUUGUGCUAAUAAACUGACUCCUUUUAAGCAUUCCAGUAGCAAAUCUUCUUCCGAACCUACCUUCUCUAUUUCUCCUCCAAGACCGACCACUUUGAGUUUAGAUCUCACUAAAAACACUGCAGAAAAGCUCCAGCCCAGUUCACCGAAGGUGUAUCUUUACAUUCAGAUGCAGCUGUGCAGAAAGGAAAACCUCAAAGACUGGAUGAACAGUCGGUGCACCAUAGAGGAGAGAGAGAGGAGCAUGUGUCUGCACAUCUUCCUGCAGAUCGCAGAGGCCGUAGAGUUUCUGCACAGUAAAGGGCUCAUGCACAGGGACCUCAAGCCUUCCAACAUAUUCUUUACAGUGGACGAUGUGGUCAAGGUCGGAGACUUUGGACUAGUGACUGCAAUGGACCAGGACGAGGAAGAGCAGAUGGUUCUGACCCCAAUGCCAGCGUGUGCCAGACACACAGGACAAGUAGGGACCAAACUGUAUAUGAGCCCAGAGCAGAUUCAUGGAAGCAACUACUCUCAUAAAGUGGACAUCUUUUCUUUAGGCCUCAUUCUGUUUGAACUGCUGUACCCAUUCGGCACUCAGAUGGAGAGAGUCAGGAUCUUAACUGAUGUAAGAAAUCUCAAAUUUCCACCACUGUUUACUCAGAAAUAUCCUCGUGAGUAUGUGAUGGUUCAAGACAUGCUCUCUCCAUCCCCCAUGGAACGGCCUGAAGCUACCAACAUUAUUGAAAAUGCUGUAUUUGAAGACUUGGAAUUUCUAGGAAAAACUGUACUCAGACAGAGGUCUCGCUCCAUGAGUUCAUCAGGAACAAAACAUUCAAGACACUGCAGCAGCUCCUGGAGCCCUUUGCCAAGCACUUAGCCUUAACUUACGUUCACACCCCUAACAGGUGACACAGAAUGGCCUCUUAGGAAUGUGGCUUUCCGAAAUUGUGAACUUGAAAAGUUUGUUCUUCGCUCAGUCUUAUUUUGGACUGCUCUUUCUAAGUCAUAUUUUAACUGGAUUUGGGGGCAUAACCUAAUUUGAGCCAACUCUGUACUGCUAUACUCCAGAAGAGGGCUCUCACUAAAUCACGUGUGGUCCUUGUUCUUCGUGGGUCUCUUGAAACUGGCUGGCCAAGCUUUAUAGCCCUCAUCUUUGUCGGGGGGCCGGGGCGGGGGGGGGGGGGGGGGUAGAAGCAAUCCUUAAACUAUAAAGAGAGAAUUAAAGGGAAAUAUUUUUAUAGUUCAGAAGAAUGACCGUUCCUACAUGUGGUAAUUACAUUGUUCUAGAAAUAUGCUUUCUAGAGACGCAGUGGUGAUUUUGAAACUAAUUUCCAAAAAAGCUGACUCCGUUUUUGACCUGGUGGGUGGAUGAAGAAUCUGUACUAUUUUGGAGGACAAGUGGCACAAAUUGUAUAAUAAUGGUUUAUGUCCAUAGCUAGUUUUCUAGUGACAUUUGUAGUAUUGAAUAGCUUUAUUCCUUAGAUGGUUCUAGGGAGAGUUUAAGAGCUUUUUGUACUUUUACCUCCAAUAAAGGGAAAAUGAAGCUUUUUGUGUCAAUUGGCCACAAGUUCUGGUUUGGGGAAGGAAGAAGCUGUAGUGAGACAUGAAUCGUAUGUUACGACUAACUUCUUCAAUGAUGGACUUUUUAAACCUAAUGAAAUCUUAAAUGUUUUAUGUGUAAUCCUGUAGGCUGGUACUUUCCCCAAACUGAUUAUAGGUAACAGUUUCAUCAUCUAACUAGCUAACAUGUUUUUAUUUUUCACUGUAAAUAUGUUUAUUUUUUAUUUAUAAAAAUUCUGAGCUCAAUCCAUUUGGGUUGGUGGUGUACAGAACGCACUUAAGUGUGUUAAGUAUUGUGACUUCUUUCAAGUCUAAAUGAUUUAAUAAAAUCUUAAAGACUUA